UCUCUCAGUCAGUCAGUGUGAGGCGAGACACCGUCGCGUAAGGAUGCGCUCGGUCCGACGCGGUGGUGCUGUUAAUGGUUGUGAGAACUUGUACUACGACUAUACGACCCGAGACGAGGAGAAUUCUGCUGUAAUCUGAACUCGAAUUGUUACUGAACUUCGUAAAGUAGUGAGUCUGUUCAUUCAGGGUCUGCUGUAUAUUAUAUAUUCUUUUGGGAAAUAUAUAUAUAUAAAGUGUUUUCCUUUGUGUUACGAUGGUUCAACUCGUAGGAAACUUUAGACGAGUUUUUUGAAACGCGGAAGUCACCAGAGGAAGGAAGCGAUAUUUCGCUAAAAACAAAAAACAAAAAGUUGGAGCAAAUAUGGACGCUCUCCUGCUCAUUUUCAUCCUGGGAUUAGUCGCUGCCAAUGAAGGAGAGCCUCCGGUGAUCAGGGAGCAGCCGAGCAACAUCGUGGCCCGCCGUAAUGACCCUGCCACCCUCAACUGUGCUGCCUCGGGCGCCGCCAGGAUCACCUGGUUUCGAGACGGCCAGCAGGUGGUGACGUCAUCCCAAGACAGCCGGUCCCACCGGGUCCUCCUGCCCUCGGGGUCGCUCUUCUUCCUCCGGGUGGCCUACAGCAGGAAGGACUCGGACGCCGGCACCUACUGGUGCGUGGCGUCCAACAGCUACGGAGCGACCCGCUCCCAGAACGCCACCCUGACCAUCGCGACGCUGUCCUACGACUUCGAGGCUCACCCGGAGCCGCUGGUGAAGGCUCGGAUCGGGGAUCUGCUGACCCUCCCUUGCAGGCCUCCCAAGGGAUCCCCGCCGCCCGAGCUGACGUGGUUCAGGGACGGCCAGGCUGUCACUAAUUCGAGCCGUGUCGUUGUGACUCCAGAGGGAGAUCUUAUCAUCAGCCGGGCCGUCAUGGAAGACACUGCGACCUACCUGUGUCGUGCCAAGAGCGUCGCUGGGAACAGAGAGGCCCCUCCUACGAAACUCAUCGUUAUGACUCCACCUUGGUUCGAAGAAAGACCGGACAAUGUAACGACUGCCUCUGGUGUGACAGUGGAACUAACUUGUCGUGCCCAAGGCUCCCCUGUGCCCACGGUCACUUGGAGGAGGCUGGACGGCAUCAUGCCCUUGGGCAGGGCCACAAUUGAAAAUCAGCGCCUGGUACUUGAACAGGUUGCUGCUGUUGACUCUGGAAUUUACGUGUGUGAAGUCCAAAAUGAGGCGGGAGUUGCGACUUCAAAGGCCAUGUUGACAGUAGUUGAUGCCCCAAAGCUCAUGCAACGACCCCAAGAUGUUCAGGUCAUGGUUGGGAACCCAGCACAGCUCUCCUGCCUGGUUGAGGGCGAUCCAACACCCUUGUUGCUGUGGCGGCUCCCUACCCAAGACAGGACUGCCCUCCUCACCCCAGCUCAGUCAAGUGGCCACGUUGCCAUUUCUCAGGAUGGACAGGUUCUCCAUCUCGACACAACGACUACCCAAGAUAGUGGCAUAUAUUAUUGUUGGGGAGUGAGUGGAGGUGGAGGGGUAAGUGCCCAAGCUGAAGUCAUGGUUGUAGAAGCGUAUCCUCCGCCAGUCAUCGGUGUUGGGCCAAAGGAUUUAACCCUGACCCUGGGUGAUGUUGCUACAUUUCCUUGUGAAGUAGUCAGUGAAGCUGCAGAACCAACUGUGUCUUGGUGGUUCCAGCCAGCAGCUCAUCUGCCAGCACGUCAACUUGCACAAAGCAGUGAUGAUCCCAGAAUUUCUUUGGCAAUGAAUGGUGCUUUACUCAUUAAAGAAAUUCAGGCGGAUGAUGCAGGGAUAUAUACAUGCAAGGUAAAUGCGAAAACAGGUAGCGUGGAACAAGAAGCCAUACUAAGAAUAGCUAAGGAACCAGUUGAGAAUCAAGAUGUCUUACCACCAGCUCCUCCUACAAAGCCUCAAAUUAUGUUUAUUAAUGAGACAGCUGUGUACUUGAAGUGGCUCCCCAAUUCUCAAAUAAACACUAACUCUGAACACUGGUACACAGUUGAGUACUGGCGGCAAGGAUGGGACGAAUGGCGAGUGGCAGAUGCUGUCAUGAAUGAAGAGUCAUGUAUUGUGAAAAACUUGAUGUCUGGCAAUAUAUACACAUUUCUGGUAAGGGCAGUUAACAUUGGGGGAUCCUCCUUUCCUAGCCCUUGGUCAGAUCCCAUUACCAUUCGAUCUCCUCGAGACCCAUCACUCACUAUGGAUCAAGUACGCCAUGCACGACGUAGACUUUCCAGACCAACUGUUACACUCACCAAUGCCUCUCCAACAGGCCCCAGUAGUGUUUUGCUUACUUGGAAAUUCCUUGCAUCUGGACAUGAAGCCGUUGAGGGUGUUCUAGUAUACACUGUGUCUGAAGAAGGUGUAGUUAAGGUGGCAACUGUAUUAGGAUCAUCAUCAUCUUCACACCAUCUACAUAACUUGCAGCCCAAUACUUAUUACACUUUCUUCAUUGUUCCAUUUUGGCGAAGUGUUGAGGGAACUCCAUCUAACUCACACUCGCUUACCACACCAGAAGAUACGCCUGUGGUGGCUCCCAGUGACAUAGUGGCUACACUACGUGAAGAUGGUUCUACUCUCAUCACCUGGUCCCAGAUACCCCUAAAGCAAGCUCGUGGUGAUGUCAUUGGCUACCAGGUCACACUGAUUCAUAAUGGCACAGAAGCGACUGAAGUUGUCUCUAGCCCCUGGCUUGAAGCACACGGUUUAUCACCUGGCCGCCUUUACACUGUUCAGGUUGCAGCUCAAACUGGAGCUGGAGUUGGACCCUUUAGUCCUCCUGUCCUUAUUGACUUUGGUACCAAUAAUGUCCAGGGGCAUCAGCAUACAUUUGAAAACAGCAACAUGGACACUUCAGUAAUAUAUGCUCCACCACAGCCAGACUGGUUACCAUAUUUGUUAGUACCCUUGGUGAUUAUUUUGUUUAUUGUAACAAUAAUGUAUAUUCGGAGACUCCACCAUAAAUCUCCUCCAUCUAACCCACCAAACACCCCUGCUCAUUAUCAAGACCCAUCCAUAUACCCUGCGCACAAUACAAUUAAUAUGUACAGUGAACAAAAGUUAUGGCGUCCAUCUGAGUGUGAGAAGGAGUACAACUUAUCCUCUGCUAGACUUUUGCAUUCUGAUCAGCAGAUUAAUGAAUAUGCCGAACCAAAAACCCAAGCCAAUGAGACCACUGAACCUUAUGCAACUACAGCACUUUUAGCCCCAGCAUCUCCCCACUUAACACACACCACACCUUGGCGGCACCACAGGGAGAAUUCAGGGGUCCAGAUCAACUGGUCAGCUGUUCUUCCACCCCCACCAACAUGUCCACCUCCUUGUGACCGAGAUCUGGGAGAUCCUGCUUAUCAGCCAGUCCCCCAUGGAACAUGUAUAAUGUAUCCUUCUUCCUUACCUUAUGGUAGUGCAGCAGGAUCUGAACAGUACCAUAGACCUUGUGAUAACACUUCAGAGCACACUUAUGACAUGUAUACCCAGGUAACCCCAAAUAACACUCGUGAUAGGUUCAUAACCUUCAACACACUACAGAGUCGUGGUACCGGCAGUACUACCUCGCGACAAGUGAGGUUAUCGGAACCUCGAGAGAAUGGCAGCGUGUGUGACUCUUGAAUACUUUCGUUGUGAUUUCCUUUACCAAUCUAUACUGUUUAACUUUAGUAUCUCUAUUACAAAAAAUUGUGAAAAAGUUGUCUGUUAUAUGCCAUAAUUUAUUAACCAAAGUCAAUUUUAUGUACCUGCUCAAUUAUGGAGUGUCUUUGGGCACUAAACUUAUCUAAGUCAAAGGCAUUAGAAUUUUUCACUUGGUUGCAGUAAAAGUAACUGCAAUACCUUCUUUCUUACUGCUACAUGGAAGAUUGUUCCUUAAUGACUGAUUUCAUAACUGUAAUACCCUUUAUGCUUCGUACUCGCCUCGUGUUGUGGAUGAUAACUGGUAAUACAUUAUUGGUACUGUUUAGUAGCUUCAUAAAGUGAAUGACUAAGCCUUCUCGCCGAAUGAAAAUUCGAGAACGUUUCUACUAUUAUGUUAGAGUGCUUUUAUAGCUAGCUUUGAGGAUGACAAACCACCCAUCGGAUUCAACCAGCGAUGUCGCUCGCUCGGUAGGUUCUGCAUUUGCAUUGCCCAAGUCAGUUGGUUGCUGUUGCAACUCACAGUUCGUAGGUGAGUUGUGAGUUAUGUUCUGCUAACGUAAUGCCGCAUAAUAAUUUCAGGGAACUGGAAGUCAACAGACUACUACUUAACGCUGUGAACAGUUAAGUGAACGAUUGUCACAAGUUCUCUUCAGUUUUAAAGAACCUGAGAUUGAGUGGCUUAAUGUGUAUAUAUAUAAUGGUUGUCGUGAUUUUUUUUUUAGCAAAGGUGGUGUCAUACGAACAAGUUUCCUGACAUCUGUCAGAACCUGGGUGCUAGGAUUUUAUUAUUUCAAGCAACCAGUUUCUUUUAGUAGUGGUGGAAGAAUGGAAGUUCGAUGUCUCAAAAUAAAAACGCCAUGUCCUUGGUGCAAAGUUUUGAUAGAAAGGGUGCUGUGCUGAAUGAUGCCAGAAGCUUUGACGCCACCUUCAGAGAUGCAACUGGUAGUGUUUUAAUGCACACUCGUUCUAUGAUUUUAUUUUUCAAAAUCAUAAGAACCACUGUAGAAUGAAAACACGUCGUACAAUAGGUUUUCAGUGAAGGCACAAUAGAUUCUGAAGUGUCACAUAUCCGGGAUAAUUUUCCUUUUGUGUAAUAGUUUGUGCCAAUAGAACUUAAUUUCCUUUUUUUUCAUCGUUAAAAGUAACUCCUGUGGUGUUUGCCGGAAAGAAGUUUGUUGUUAUUUAUCAGAAGUUCAUAAUUGUGUUGUAUAUGUAUCUAUAUGAUUAUGUAAAUAAGAUAUAUUUUUGUAAUAAA